AUGCCUCGGGGACGAAAGAGUAGACGCCGCCGGAACGCGAGAGCCGCUGAAGAAAAUCGCAACAAUCGCCAGAUCCCGGUCUCAGAAACCUCUGAAAUCCCUAUGGCUGCCAGCCUGGUGCCAAGCACCUCCGAGGAAGACCUAAGCAUUCCGGAGGAGGUCUACAGCAUUCAAGAGGAGGUCCCCGCUCCCCUGGAAGUCUCAAGCACCGCUCAAACACAAAAGUCCGUGGUACCCCAGAGCAAUUUUCAAGGCACCAAGAAGAGUCUUCUGAUGUCUAUAUUGGCUCUCAUCUUCAUCAUGGAUAACAGAGUCAAGGAGGCCCUGGUCUGGAAAGUGCUUGGGAAAUUGGGGAUGCAGCCAGGCCGCCAACACAGCGUCUUUGGAGAUCCAAAGAAGAUCGUCACAGAGGAGUUUGUACGCAGAGGGUACCUGAUUUAUAAAGCAGUGCCUCGUAGCAGUCCCAUGGAAUACGAGUUCUUCUGGGGACCUAGAGCACACGCGGAAUCCAGCAAGCUGAAAGUAAUGCAUUUUGUGGCACGAGUUCGUAACCGUUGUUCCAAGGACUUGCCAUGUAAUUAUGACUGGAAUUCAGAUGAUGAUGCAGAAGUUGAAGCCAUCCUCAAUUCGGGUGCUAAGGGAUUUCCUUAG